GUCUCUUAAUGGGCACAGAAUUUGCUUCUUACAAUAACAAGCAAUAAUGGAGCAAAUAUCCGGAAUAAUUGAGCGGGGUCUUCCCAACGCCGUCGUCUACGAUCUCACAACGCCGAACGAAGUUACAGUCACGCUUCCAUCAAGAUCAACCUGGUCCAGCGGUCUUCACUGGCACGAAACCCACACAGAAUAUCUCAAGGUCAUCAAAGGCAGCAUAAAGGUCCGCCUAGGGGAUACCGAGCAAAUCAUCACCGCGAGUAAAACGAACCAGCCCGAAAUCAAGGUUGAGCGAUACGCCUGGCAUGAAUGGCAGCGAGCGCAACUAGACGGAGAAGAAGUCAUCGUUAUUGAGAGGACAGACCCAGAGGAUGGCGAAAAAGCCUUGUUUUUCUGGAACCUCAAUGGAAUCAUUCUGAAUGCAGGGAGAGUCAUCAGUACGAAUGUGCCAGGGUUCUCCUUCUUCCCUGCGACGAUAAAGGACUUGAUCAUUGACUUUUGGAUCACGUUCAACCUCUUUAUCGUGUUUCACUCUUUGGACAACUUCCCAGUCAUUUUGAGUACGACGAAAUUCUGGAACGGAAAGGCAUCGCGCGCAAAGGCGGGUCCAUCAGCAGAUUGGUUUGUAUCUCAUGUAUUGUUGUCGCUUGCUUCUUGGGCAGGUCGCAUUUUUGGACUGCGGGCUGUAAGGCCAGAGUAUACGCCUGCUCAGCACUAUCAGCGUUGGAAAUCACAUAAUUAUCUUGAAAAGUCGAAGGAAUCUUGAUGAAUGGUGUGCUUUCAGUUUUUAAUGCGGGCCUUAAUGCGAUGUAUAUGGGUGUGUAUCGGUCUGCAGGUGAGAGAUGGGCGCUCUAUUUGGGAAUUGGAGAUGAUAUUCUCUAACGGGUUAUACAAAAAGAUUUAUAGGUACAUAGUCUUAUUAAGUACCAUCAGGUUUCAUGUUUUAAAUCGAUACUUUGCCGAAGAAUUAUUAUGCCUG